GACGCUCCGAAAGGGGGAGCCAGGAGUCGAGGCGUUUCAACGAGCAUGCGAGAGCGAUGCUGGCGAUACUACCAUGCUACGUCGCUUGGUGGAUAAGAUUCGAGGUUUAGGGAGGUUGCAGAUUCAAAGGAAGCACGAUAGUCAAGUGCCUCUGUGCUGUCCGUUGUUAGCUCGUACCACCCAAGUUCAUUACUGCAAAAAAGCAGUUGGCGAAAGGAUGGAUCUUGUCGAAAAAGCGAAGGAAGCUGCGGCUCAAAGGGCUGUUGACAACCACAUCAAAAACAACUUCGUCGUUGGAAUUGGGAGUGGCAGCACUGUCGUCUAUGCUGUGGAGCACCUUGCCCGAAGAAUAAAGGAGAAUGACUGGAAGAUAAGUUGUGUACCAACCUCAUUUCAAGCCAAGGAACUAAUCAGGAAAUAUAACUUAGUGAUGACAGAUUUGGAAGAGAGCCCUGAUUUAGAUGUUGCUAUCGAUGGCGCUGACGAAGUGGAUGCCAAGCUGACAUUGAUCAAAGGUGGUGGUGGGUGCCUGACCCAGGAGAAGGUCAUUGCAUCUUGCGCCAAACACUUCAUUGUGGUGGCCGAUUACAGGAAGGAUUCGUCCAACCUGGGUGAAAAUUGGAAGAAGGGAAUACCUGUGGAAGUGAUACCCAUGGCGUAUGUUCCAGUCCAGAAAAAGAUUGAGAAGCUUCUGGGAAACAAGGCAGAGCUGCGGCAGGCUGCCAAGAAAUGCGGCCCUGUGGUAACUGAUAACGGAAAUUUUAUACUGGAUUGCAAGUUUGCACCCCAAAGCAACUGGUCAGCAACUAACACAGCCUUGAAAAUGAUUCCUGGUGUUGUUGAAACCGGUCUUUUUGUUGGAAUGGCUCAGAAGGUCUACUAUGGUCUUAAUGAUGGUUCUGUCACUGAGAAGAAUGCGGUUUAAAAUGGUCAUCAUUUUGCAUAUACGAGAUCUUCAUGACGUUGGCCAAUUCAGGGAGCAACUUUAGCAGUGCAAUUUAUACUGGUUUCUGCACUAGUUUUUGUUAUGGCGACCUUUCAAAUAUCUUUGUAGCAUUGGUAACAUUCAGUUUAUUAACCUAUCCUGACGCUCAAAUAAAAUUAUUUCUUAGAAAAA